AUGGCCGCUUCAGGCGCGCACCCGGGACUUGUAGUCCUCACGCGAGGAGACUCUCCGGGAUCAAAGCGGCGCUCGGAAAGCACUAUCUACCAGUACGGAUGCUGCUGUGACUGUGAAGAUCUGGACGAGGCCUUUAACAGGUGGCUGAGACACAAACCCCCUCACAGCGGAUGUCACUCUCCUGUUCUCGGGGCCCUGAUUGACAACCUGGAGAUCUCCACGAUCCCGGCCCUGGUGCUGCUGCCUCUGCUGCUCCGGGCCGCAGCGCUGCACUACCUGCUGGGCAUCAUCAUCCUGACAGCUCUGCCCAGCCUGGUCCUCUGGUACUACUACGCCACGCACCGCAAGAGGAGACGCACCCUCUUCUUCCUUACUCUGGCGCUGUUCUCUCUGGCCUACAUGUAUUACCUCUUCAUCACAGAGAUUCUACCGCGUGGGGACGUCAGCCAUCUGCAGCUGUGCACUGUGACUGCUGGGAUGAUCCUCACCAUCGGAUCUCUCAUUCACACCAAGAGAGGCCCAGGGUUUCACACCACCUCCUAUCACAGCCAGAGUGAGGAGGUUAACAAGGACUCUACACAUCUUAAUGGAUCCAUCCAAUCAGCGGCCUCCUCCUCCUCUCCUCCUGCCCUGACAGAAAAGUGGAGCAGAUGCUCUGUGUGCAAAACAAUGUGACCCCCGCGGGCCGGACACUGUCGAACCUGUGGAUCCUGGGUCAAGCGUCUGGACCACCACUGUGUCUGGUGGGUUGGAUUUGAUAUUAUAACAUCUUUAUACUUCUUUGAAUUGUACAUUCACACCACAUCAUGAAAGUGAAUAUUGAAUUAUGACAGAUUAGAUAACUGCCCUGUAAUUACACAACAACGUUCAUGUCUUAAGCAAAGACUCCUACUGUACCCACUGGUUUCCUCAGGGCCGUGCACAGACAUUUUUUGGAGCGGGGCUCAAGUGAAAAACUCUUUGCAUCCAAAGAUUGAUUUUUAAAUGGAAACUGCUCCCAGCAAAAAUGUCUUGAAAUGUAAACUUGAACUAGAAAACUGGUAAACUGGGAUCUGUCUCAGGCCAACCAAGAAGACAGGGUGUCUAUUUGUUUGUGAGCUUUAUCAGACACUUUCCUGAACUGCACACUGCCAAGAACAUUAAAGGGGACAUAGCAUGCCCAUUUUACCACAAGUUGAUAUGGUUCCUUGGGGUCUUAA